AGCCUGUGAGGAACAAGAAUGCGGGCAUCGAUGCAAGUUGGCUUCUUUGGGCCCCAACUUGGCUUCUUGCCGCACCCACAAUAAUUGUCGAGCACUAUUAGCACAUAUAUUAUCUAGGGUGUAUGCAAGCUGCAGUAGCGCUCGCUGCGAGUAGACUUAGCAAGGGACGGGCUUUGCUCCCGCUACUGCCUGGUGCAACGUCCAUACUUUUAGUCGCUUCUGAGACUUCCCAACACGUGAUCCCUUGCUCAUUUAAUACCCAGCGCCACAUGAUGGCGACCGGCUCCAAAGUCACUAGAGAAUGGUUCCCGCCGGCGGCCGAAGGCGCCCAGACGGCUCCACUUAUGCUUUACAACAGUUUCGUUGACGAGAAGGUGCCUUUCGUGCCGGCAGCCGGGCCCACGAGCAAGCAGAUCACUUGGUAUGCCUGCGGGCCGACCGUCUAUGAUGUCGCGCAUAUGGGACACGCACGCAACUAUUUGAGCUUCGACAUCGUGCGGCGCGUCCUGGAGGACUACUUUGGCUAUAACUGCCUUAUGGUGAUGAACGUGACGGACGUAGACGACAAAAUCAUUCUCCGCGCCCGGCGCAACUUCCUGCUGGCCCAGUACAAGAGCUCGGGCAAGAGCGCGGAGGAGGUCAAGGAGUUUACCAUCGAGGCAAUCCAGGCGGGUAUCGCCAAGCAGCAAAAGAAGGUGGCAGAGAUGGAGGCUAUGGUGGCGAAGGACUCGACUGAGGCGGAGGCUGAGCCGGACGAGAAGAAGCGGUCGUUCGCGCUGCGGAAGGUGGCGGACCUGCAGGAGGCGGUGAAGGGCGAGGCGCUCAAGGGGCGCCAGGCGGCAGAGGCGCUGGCGGCGGUGCAGGCGCUGGGCGCGGCGGGCAGCUCGGCGGACGCGGAGGCGCUGCUUGCUGUGGGCAGCGACUACGUGGCGGAGGCGCUGGACAAGGCGCUGGGCGCCAACGUGACAGACCCCACCGUGUUCAGGGCGCAUGCGGCCAAGUACGAGCGUGAGUUCCUGGAGGACAUGGACGCGCUGGGCUGCCGGCGGCCGGACGUGCUCACGCGCGUGAGCGAGUACAUCCCGGAGAUCAUCGAGUAUGUGACGCGCAUCAUCGGCAAUGGCAUGGCCUACGCCUCCAACGGCUCGGUGUACUUCGACACCCAGAACUUCAGGUCGUGCGGGCACACGUACGGCAAGCUGAACCCCUGGGCGGUGGGCAGCGCGGCGCUGGCUGCGGAGGGCGAGUCCAACUUCGAGACCAGCGAGAAGCGCAGCCCACAGGACUUUGCGUUGUGGAAGGCGGCCAAGCCCGGCGAGCCGGCCUGGGAGUCGCCGUGGGGCGUGGGCCGCCCCGGCUGGCACAUUGAAUGCAGCGCCAUGGCCAGCAGCAUCAUCGGCAGCCGGCUGGACAUCCACACGGGCGGCGAGGACCUGCGGUUUCCGCACCACGACAACGAGCUAGCGCAGGCGGAGGCCUACUACCACCACGACGGCUGCAAGCAGUGGGUCAACUACUUCCUGCACUGCGGCCACUUGCAUAUUGAGGGCCUCAAAAUGUCCAAGUCGCUCAAAAACUUCGUCACAAUCCGGGAGGCGCUGGCGAGCUUCAACGCGCGGCAGCUGCGGCUGAUGUUCUGCUUGCAGCCCUGGAACAAGACCAUGAUGUAUGGCGAGCAAAGCCGUACCGAGAUGAAGGUGCGCGAGGCGCAGCUGCGCAACUUCUUCGGCAAUGUGGACGCCGCGAUUCGCAACAGCAGCGUUAACACCAACGAGCAGCGCUGGACCACUGAGGACUUCGACCUCAACAACCGCAUCCUCGCCACCCAGGCCGCUGUGGACGCGGCGCUGCGCGACAACAUCAACACGCCGGCGGUGAUGGACGCGCUAUCGGACCUGAUCAAGGCCGUCAACAAGUACCUGGCGGACAAGUCGGAACCCGGCGCGGCGCGGGCGCUGCUGCUGCGCAAGGCCGCCGCCUUCGUCACCCGCAUCCUUUCUGUGUUCGGCAUCGUGGACGGACCCAGCGACCGGUUGGGCUUCACGGAGAUGUCCAGCAGCGCGGCCAGUAGCGACGCGGCGGCGGCGCGCUACCUGGACGCGCUGGCGGCCUUCCGCGACGAGGUGCGCGGCCUGGCCAAGGCCAAGGCGGCGGCGGCGGAGCUGGUGGCGGCGGUGGGGCGGCUGCGGGAAGGCGUGCUGGGCGGCAUGGGCGUCAAGGUGGAGCUGGCCGCGUCAGGAGACCGGUCGAGUUGGAGCGCAGCGGACCCAGCCAACCGGCCCGGCGCCACCUCCACCUCGUACAUAGACACUGUGGUGGCUUUUGCGGACCAGGUACAAGCGCUAGCGAGCUCAUCCGCGGCGCCUGGCGAGGUGCUGGCGGCCUGCGACCAGUUGCGAGACAGCACUCUUGUGGACAUGGGUGUGCGCCUGGAGGACCGGCCAGACGGCAAGGCGGUGUGGAAGCUGGACGACCCAGCCACCAUGCGCGAGGAGAUCGCGGCGCGCGCUGCCGCCGCCGCCAGCGCCGCCCGCAAGAAGCUGGAGGGCGCUGUGGAGCGCAAGGCCAAGGAGCUGGAGAAGCUGGAGGGGCUGGCGGCGCUGCCCAGCAUCCAGGAGGCGCUGGCCGACAAGUACAGCAAGUUCGACGAGGCUAGCGGCGAGCCCACGCAUGACAAGGAGGGCAACGCGCUGGAGGGCAAGGCCAAGGACAAGGCGCGCAAGGAUUACGAGAAGGCGGCCAAGGUGCGCGAGCCGCUGUCCAAGAAGCUGGCGGAGGACCCGGCGGCGCUUGACAAGAUGAAGGCCGAGGUGGAGGAGCUGCGGCAGCAGCUGGCGGCGCUGGGCACGGCAUAACAGGCUUGCUACAGUUGGGAGGGGCUAGUAGGGGAGGUGCUUGAGUGCAAGGCGUCUGGUGGCAGUCAUGUGAAAGCAGGGCGUGGUGGGGCGAGACAGGGCUCGCGGGACUUGGGCUUGGGGUAGCAUGAGAGCAGCUGCGCUGCGCGUGGUGUUAAGGGUGCGCCGGCUGCGUUGUGUCGUGAGAAUAGAACUGUUGUUGGUCCGGGCUGGGAUUCUGGGAAGGAGCCCAAUCAUCUGACGGACGCAGAGGGUUGGGACAGGGGUCAAGUACAUGUACUGAUGAUGUCACUGCGUGGUCCGAACAAGAUGUUACUUGCUAUCAAACGGGCGCUGUGGUAAGAGAGCUGUCACAGGACUGUGCGACAACGUUUGUGCUCUUGGUGGACGGGUCGUAGAUGGGUGCGACGGGCGUGCUCAGGUGGACGGCGAUGAAAGAAGUGGGUUGGAGGCUUGCGAGCGACAUGCGACUGAUGUGGUGGUGAAUUUGGUGGACGGGCUUCGGGAAUUUACAUCCCUGCCAGAGGCAGCAGAAUGAGGCAGGAUCCGGCUGCAAAUUUGUUACGGUCAUGGCGAAAGUGAUCCGCAAUCCCCACAUGCAAUGCUCUGCAGCCGUCAUCAAGGUGGGGACAGUUGCCAGCGGGAGCGCGAUCUGUGUGUCGGGCUGUCAGCAUUCCGUGCUCACGCCCACCUGGUGCGUCUAUAAAUCGUACGUAU